AUGGAGCGAGAACUCGAUGCCUUUAAGCAGAGCAUGGAACGCGACACUUCGGACGCGACGAACCUGAAAGAAGAGAUCAAGACUCUGCAGAGUAGAGUGGCUGAAUUGGAGGCGAUACGUUCCCAGAUCACGGCGAUAAACGACGAACUCAAGUCAGAUUUGAGGGAUGCAAAGAGCUAUAUGGCAACUGCGAACAUGGAACUAGAGACGACCCGGCGGAACCACACCUUCGAGGUCGACGACAUGCGCAGGAAGUACCGCAAUGAUAUGGAGGAUCUCCAAGAGAAGUACCGCAAAGAGGCUGACAAGUUGAGGAGGCAGUCUGAAGAAGCGGCUGACAAGCAGCGCAAAGAGUUUGAGGCUCAGAUCGACAAGUUGCUCAAGAUGCAUGCCGAUGAACUGGAAACGGUCCAGAAGAAGCUAAAGUCGCAGGUCGAGGAGGAACAGGGCAGGAGGUCACGGGAGGCUCAAGCAAUCGAGUCUGAAUUCAAGCUCAAGCUGCAGAAUGCAGGUCUCGAAGCAGACACCAAGGAGCGCGAGAACCAGCUCGUCAAGGGAGAAUUGACCAACACAAAAGCCGAGCUCGACCGAGAGAGGGGUGUUAAAACCAGCCUUCAACACCAGCUUUCCGAGGCAGCAGCACUCAACUUGACACUGGAUGCGUCCAACAAGGCCAUGAAGGCGAAGAUCGACUUCUUGGAAUCGGAUAGCCAAGCUCAGUCAGAAGCAUUCAACGAUCUACACCGACGGAUGGAGGAGGCCAUCGAGGCGGCAGAGGCAGCCAACGAGAAGCUCCGCCAGGAGGAGGCUCUACGCCGCAGGCUCCACAACCAGGUCCAAGAGCUCAAAGGAAACAUCCGAGUCAUGUGUCGUGUUCGUCCAACGAACCCAGACACGGAGAACAACCCGGCCACGAUAUUGUACCCAGACUCCAAUACCGACAGCAAGGAAGUCACCAUCAUGGGACAGGAUAAGAAGUCAGCCAUGGGCACUGUCACCACAGCCAACUAUGCGUACUCGUUCGACCGUGUGUUCGGUCCCAAGUCCCAGAACAACGAGGUCUUUGAAGAAAUCAGCCAGCUUGUGCAGAGCGCACUUGACGGCUACAACGUCUGCAUCUUCUGUUAUGGCCAGACCGGAUCCGGAAAGACCUUUACCAUGUCCUCUGAGGAUGGUAUGAUUCCCCGGGCUACAAGACAGAUUUACGCCGAGGCUGAGCGACUCGAAGAGAAAGGUUGGCGAUACCAGAUCGAGGGCAAUUUCGUCGAAGUAUACAACGAGACCUACAACGAUCUGCUCGGUCGCUCCGAAGAUCUCGACAAGAAGAAGCUUGAGAUUCGACAUGACUCCGCAAAGAAGUCGACCACCAUCGAAAACGCCGUCAGCGUCUUGCUCGACAGCCCGGACCGUGUGUCGGAGAUUAUGAGGACGGCAGACAAGAACCGCUCUGUCGCUGCCACCAGGGCCAACUCGCGUUCUUCCCGCUCUCACUCUGUCUUCAUCCUCAAGCUCGUGGGUGUUAAUAGUGUCACUGGCGAGAGGUCGGAGGGUACACUCAACCUGGUCGAUUUGGCUGGUUCUGAGCGUCUCGAGCAUUCCAAGGUCGAGGGUGCCCGUCUGAAGGAGACGCAGAACAUCAACAAGAGUCUCAGCUGCCUGGGCGACGUCAUCAACGCUCUCGGAAGCUCGAAAGAGGGAGGUCACGUCCCGUACCGCAACUCCAAGUUGACAUACCUUCUCCAAUACUCCUUGGGCGGCAACUCCAAGACGCUCAUGUUUGUCAUGGUCAGCCCUCUCCAGGCCCAUCUCCAGGAGUCCCUUACCAGUCUCAAGUUCGCCACCAAGGUGUACAACACGCACAUCGGCACCGCGAAGAAGCAGACCAAGACCGGCUGA